CAAAUGACUGUCAUUAGAAGGAUUAUAGCAGCAGCACUAUCAAGGCUAUUACAAUCCAAUGUCGACGGAUCAGCGAAUCUUCAGGUGACCCAGUUUAUUUGUGUACGAUUUCGAGUGGCACCCCUUACCGCGAAGUGGUGGUUGUUUGGGCAAUGCACAUAAAAUGCCCCGAACGGGACAGGCAAAGCACAGUUCGCGCCGACGCGCUAGCGCUCCGUACGCACACGAUUUAGUUUAAGGACAAUGGGGAGCACCAACAACAUGUACCGUUUGACAACGUUUUGCUUUCUACUGGCAGUAACCUUCGCCCAAAACGGUUACGAGUACAAUAAACCAGGCACACCCUUUAAUCAAGGAACUCAACCUAAUGGUCCAGGAGUCCCUGGACAAACCGGAUCUUCAGGCAACGGAUAUCCGUCGUCGCCCACAUCACCAUCUUACCCCAAUCAACAAAGCGAUGCUUAUCCAAGUGGUGGUGUAGGAUCGACACCUGGAUAUCCAUCUGGACCUUCAAACUACCCUUCUGCUGGUGGAAACUACCAAGGAAAUAACCAACCUCAAGCUGGAUAUCCCGGAUCAGCCCCGUCUUACCCGAAUCAAGGAACCACCGGUCCCAGUACAAACUAUCCCGGGCAAACAGGGUCAAACUACCCAGGACAAUCACAAAACUUUCCUAACCAAAAUGGACAAACACCUGGCCGGCCCGGAAUUUUCAAUGCAAGUCCCGUUAAUCCCGGUGCUCCAGGUUUAAUUCCUAGCUCAUCUGGAUUUGGCCCGACCACUCCGGGAUUUAGCCCAGGAUCACCUGGAUUCGUCCCUGGAUCGCCUGGUUUUACACCUGGGUCACCUGGGUUUGGUCCGGGGUCACCUGGAUUUGGUCCUGGCAGACCAAACUUUAGCGGAGAUGACACAGGAGCGUACGAAGGUGGUGACUACUCUGCCAUACCGGGAGAGCCAGAUAAAGACUACCCUAUACUCUCCGUCAUACCUGAAACUAGCUUUAGCUGUGGUGCACAACCUUAUCCUGGGUACUAUGCUGAUGUUGAGACUCGCUGUCAAGUUUUCCAUGUUUGUGCCAACAAUAUCACUUAUGACUUUCUAUGUCCCAACGGUACGAUUUUCUCUCAAGAAGUAUUUGUUUGCGUCUGGUGGAAUCAGUUCGAUUGCAACUCUGCACCCAGCUUCUAUGAACUAAAUGCCAAUCUAUAUGAUUAUUCCAUAAAAGGACCCGGAUUAUUGCCAGGUGUAACAGAUUUUAGCCAACAGGGACAAUCUUUUCCUGGAAAUGUUGGACCUCAGGGCCCGUCAAACUACCCAAAUAUCCCAGGUACAUCACCUGGCGUUCAAGGAACGGGAGGAUCUUCAGCCUAUCCUGGAUCGACUGGUUCUCAAGGAUCAUCUUAUCCAAUUGGACCACAAGGACCAUCCCAAAAUUAUCCCUCAGGACAAGGUCCUCAGGGUCCAUUAGGCCCACAAGGACCUUCAUUCCCUAAUCAACAAGGCCCAUCGUCACCAUACCCUGGACAAGUCACAUCGUAUCCUGGCCAACAAGGUUCAUCUUCCUACCCGGGUCAGCAAGGUCCUUCAUCCACAUAUCCUGGCCAACAAAGCCCUUCUUCAACUUACCCAGGACAACAAGGUCCGUCUUCUUCUUACCCAGGGCAACAGGGAGUCACAUCUUCUUACCCUGGGCAACAAGGAGGUACAUCUUAUCCUGGUAGCUCUGGGUACCCAACGUCAACGUCCUCACAGAGUCAAGGUCAACAAGGAUCAAACUACCCACAAUCUCAAGGCCAAUCGAAUUACCCUGGCAGCAGUCAAGGAUACCCAUCGGGCAAACCUAGUGGACCCAGUUUCCCAGCAGGUACAAGGCCCCAGGGUGACAGGUAUCCAUCACAACAACCUAACAGAGAAUACCUGCCGCCUAGAAAUCAAUAACACGCCCGUACCAACGACCAUAGCAUUCUUAAAUGUUUUAUCUCAUAGAUAAUAUUGUAAGUACAAAAAGUAUUAUGUAUAAUUUAAUAGCUUUUACAUCUUAAAGUUGUAUGCCAGUAUGAUUACGUUGUCAAAUGAGUUAGUUGGUGCUACAAAAGAACUAGAUAUGUAAAUUAGAUAAUUAUUUGGCUAAUAAGUUUUGUUACAAGUAAGAAAAAUCACUAGAUGUAAUUAUUAUAACGAAAAUUUUAAAUUCGAUUCUGAUUGAACAAA